UCUCUGAACUCUCUCUCUCAUCUAAACUCAACUCAACUGCCCCCUUCUUCUUCCUGUCUCUCACACCACAGUGACAAUCUCCCUCUGAUUCCUUCUCUCUCAAGAGAUACACACAGGCAGGCCAGGCAAAGCUUUACGCGAUAUAUACUAUACGUAUACAUAUAUUAUAUAUAUGUGUCUUUAUGUAUAUGUAUAUGCUCGAAUUUGUGUAUGUAUGUAUGUAUGUAUAUGCAAAAAAAAUGGUGCUUUGGGCGCUGAAGUGCCCACGUUGAGGACCCCUCUCUUCCUGGAUUCUUUCACCACUUCUUGCUGAGCUGUGGUUUUCAGCGAAGAAGGGGACGAUUCGGUGGUAAUGUGAGGUUUGGACUUUGGCGGCUGAAGACGAAGCUUAGAGAGAUGGAUGUUUCGGCUUUGGAGGCUGUGGUAUACGAUCCUUCCAAGUGCAUUAAGUUGAGUAUGGAGCAAAAGAGAGAACUGGUGUAUGAGGUGUCGAAGUGGCCAGAUUGUGCGAUGGAAAUGCUGCAGGUAUGGAGUCGCCAGGAGAUAUUACAGAUCCUCUGUGCAGAGCUCGGCAAGGAGAGGAAAUAUACAGGAUUGACAAAGUCUAAAAUAAUCGAACAGCUUCUGAAACUCGUAUGCGAAAGGAAAUCACAGGAGUUAGGAGCUGCUGCAGCAUGUGCUUCUCUUUCUCAAGCUCAACCAUCGUUAGAAAGUGGCGAAAGGACUCCCAAAAGGCAAAGGAAAUCCGAUGCUGGAACUGUUACUUCUGAUUUCUAUUCAGGCAAUACUUUGUGUUGCAAAAAUUCAGCUUGCAAGGCAAAAAUGAAUGGCGACGAUCCAUUUUGCAAGCGGUGUUCCUGCUGCAUAUGUCGCCAGUAUGACGACAACAAGGAUCCGAGCCUUUGGUUAACAUGUAGCUCAGAUCCUCCAUUUCUUGGCAUCUCGUGUGGCACAUCGUGCCACCUUGAAUGUGCGCUGAGGCAUGAAUAUUCUGGCAUCUCGCAGGAUAGGUUGGAUAAGGGACUUGAUGGGAGCUUCUGUUGUGUAUCUUGUGGAAAGGUUAACGAUUUGCUCAGCAAUUGGAGAAAGCAAAUAAUGGUGGCAAGGGACACGAGAAGGGUUGACAUAUUGUGCUAUAGGCUCUCCUUAAGCCAAAAAAUUCUUUCUGGCACCAAACACUACAAGAAUUUAUAUGCAAUCAUCGAUGAAGCUGUGAAAAUGCUCGAAGAAGAGGUCGGCCAUCUGACGGGUUUACCGGUAAAAAAGGCUCGAGGGAUUGUCAACAGACUCUCAUCAGGCUUGGAAAUUCAGAGGCUUUGCGCCUCUGCCGUGGAAGCUCUCGAUGCAAUGCUCGCUAACCGAGUCUCCGAUAUGCCUUCUGAUUGGAAUACACUUGCCUCGAAUCUCGUCAGGUUCGAAGGGGUUAAGGAUACAUCCCUUUCAGUGAUUGUGAAUUUCAAGGAUUCAAGAAACAUUGGCAGUUACACGGUAUGGCAUCGAAGAGCUGAUGACAUUGGGUAUCCUUGCGAGCCUACCUGUAGAUUGUUGAAGCCGAAUGCGGAAUUUAUACUUUCUGGGUUGACUCCUGCGACACCGUAUUAUCUGAAAGCCAUUGCCCAGUAUGCGGACAGAGACAUGGGAUUCUGCGAAUUCCAGUUCUGUACGGAAAGCUCUCAAGAUGAGGUUCAAAAUACACACUUGGAAGAAGAGAGAAGCCGAAGCCAAAGCCUAAACCUAAGCCUGGCUGCCACAAACUGCAGCAGCCUCUCGAAUCCAUCAUCCGUUGAAGAUGAGACCAACAACGUUGUUGUUAUUCCCAGCAAUGCUGAUAAACCUGCCACUCCGAAUGAGAAGAACACUAGUACUACUUGUGCUGUGAUUUGUUUGCUGGACGGAGAAUCGAGCAUGGAGAAGAAGAGAGAGGAAACGAGCACUGAUGACGGGUCGAAUACGAGCACGGAUAAUAAUGGAUCUAAUACGCCUCUCAGGGCUGGCUUGCCGAUCACUCCCUGUCUCAAGGAUGACACAGGGAGGAGCAACUGGGCUAAAUUUGGUGGCGCGGUGGAGAUGGGAAUGGUAACGAAAAGGAGUGCGGGGGAGAAAAAAGAGUGCGGUGGGAUGGGGGACAAGGAUUUCGAGUACUAUGUGAAGGUGAUUCGAUGGCUGGAGUGCGAGGGGCAUAUAGAGACGGCAUUCAGGCAGAAGUUCUUGACGUGGUACGGGUUGAGGGCGAACGCUCAGGAGGUACGCAUAGUGAAAGUAUUCGUCGAUACGUUUAUUCAAGAUCCGGAGUCGCUUGCAGGGCAGCUGCUGGAUAGUUUCUCCGACGCCGUGGCCAACAAGAGGUGCUCCACCGUGGCUGCCGGAUUCUGCACCAAGCUGUGGCAUUGACAUGACAUUGAAGAGUAGGAACUGAGUGAGUGAGUGAGUGAGAUCAAUUUAAAUUUGAUGAGAAAUACUAUUCUUCUUCUUCUUGGGAGUUUAGGAAUGAAUUUCUAUUUGUCACAAUUGUGCAUUAUUAUUAUGAUUUGGGAUCAUUAUGGUUACUUUUUGGGGUUUACUACUAUUUACAUUUUAUUAUGU